AUGGACAGCCUUGCUCACACUCAAGCUCUACUCCUCUACCAUAUUAUCCGCCUCUUUGAUGGAAACAUCAGCGCUCGGGCAUCAGGCGAGCGAACCAUUCCAAUUCUCGAGACCUCUGCAAUCGGCCUCCUUGCGCACGUCAUCUUCGACACCGAGGGAAACUGUUCAGACCGUUUCUCCGAGUGCUGUCUGGCCACGCUCUCGGAUCUGUGGAAGGACUGGAUCUUCCAGGAAUCGGCACGGCGGACGCUCCUAUUUACCUUCUUCUUUCUACAGGCGUAUCGCGUGCUCACCGGCAGCCAGAACCUGUACCAGUGCGAUGGACGGCUGGGCCUGUGCCACUCGUGGAUGGUGUCGGAGCAUCUAUGGCAGGCAGAGACAGCGUUGGAUUUCAGAAACGCUUGGCGGCAGAGGAAUCAUUUCCUCAUCAUUGACGGGCAAUUCACCGUGAUGCUAAGUGAAGCAAAGGCCGGUGAUGUCGACCUGUUUGGAAAGAUGCUGUUAUCCGCAGCGGUGGGGAUUCCAGAGUUGGAAGCUUGGUUUGCUAGCCGCGGCGUUAGUUUGUCGCCGACGCUCAAAGCUGUUACGCGGCCGGCGUCGGCAAUUUCAAGGGCCCCCCUCCUCGCCGACCACGCUGCAGCAGAGCCCUCUCAGUCAAUUCUGAUCCUUUUUCGUCUCCUUUUCCCAUCCACACAGACAAAAAAGAAGAGCACCAACGACAAGUCCACAGGUCACAAUUUAGCUAUUCUCCCGACAACGCUGGCUGUCCGCACGAGGCGGCAUGCCGCAAAACUCACGUCCAGCUCGCAGCAGAGGCUGCAAGCAAUGCUUACAACGGCACGUCAAAUUCGAUCAGUUAACGAGCAUCCUUCGCCUUGCGCGUCCACUACCAACGGAUCUUUUUUAAAUGCCGUGUCACCUGCGACUGAAUCCCCAGCAAUCCCUUUUCUAGAAACGCCAGAAUAUCUGGAAGAGACCGUCUUCCUUGACCAUGGCCCAAACGACUCCACCACACAGUCAGAUCUUGAUCACGCUCUGCUCAGUAUGGCCAACGCGCAAGAGCAGUUUCUACCCCAUCCUUGGUUGGAUGAUAUUUGCAAUAAUGAAUACUACCUUGUGGGCGUAUUUGUCGACUUCAUUACAAGCUCCAGGCGCCCUCAGCGCUCAUGGGUGUUUGAGCUACCCAACAUCAUGGCCACGACGACGUCACCCUCCGUCAAAUUCUCCAUUCGUGCGGCGGCUCUCGUCUAUUAUGCCGUCGCAAGUAAUAAUAAUGUUACUGCUGUGGAUGCACUUCAUUGGUAUCUUGCCGCUCUGGAGAGCUAUCACAUGUCCCUUCACGACUCAUGUCACAAGCGUCUUUGGGACAAAAAGGCGCGAGGGAAUAAUCCAAAUGCUUUGCUGUCCUCUUCCUCUGCAGAUGAAAAUGCAAGGCGCCACUCCUGA